CUCCGCCAAAACUGAGACCUGGAAUAGCCACGGUAUCUAGCCUACUGCACACGGAUUGUGACCAUCCUUCACGUCGAUGCAUGAAUUGAUAUCCAAUGAUCCAUCGUAUCGCUCACGCUUCCAACCGCACACGGCGACAGUACCCUGCAUCCUAGAUCGCGAUCAGACUGCGAGGAUAUUCGCAAGAUGAGCAACGCAGAGGGAGGUGCAAGCGCCAGCGCCAGCGGCAGUGCAAGCGGCGCGUCCCAGCAGCAGCAGCCGCAGCCUUCACAGCCUCCGCCACAGUCUCUUGAGGAGGCAAAUCAGCGCUAUGGCUCCAUAAAGGCGCAGCUCAAGACCAGUUUGGCACGCAAGCGGCAGAUGGACAAGGCUUUGAUUGACUUGGAGACGCAGAUCUAUGUAUUCGAAGGCUCAUAUCUCUCCAGCACUGCCGCAUCGGGCGGCAACAUCGUCAAAGGCUUCGACUCGUACCUCAAGACGACCAACCCAAACUCUGCAAGCAUGGCCGCUAUUGCAGGCGGAAAAGAGGUGCUGCCCGAAGACAGGAUGUUUAGUGCAAGCAGCGCGACGUACGAGCGUAGCUUGGAGCUCAGCAUCGGCGCCGGCAGUGGCGGAACUCGCAUCGACACCGCAACGCCUCCGCCUCCCGAGUCAGGCAGCAAGGUUGCCGAGGCUCGGGCAUCGCCAGCAGGAGAAAAGCCCCACAAGUCGGGUGCGUCAGGCAGCUCUGGAAAACUCAAGCGAAAGCACGAUGAAGCUCCCUCGGGCAAGAACCACAAGAAGAAAAAGGCCGAAGACUAAACCCGCUCUCCCUAGGCGCCUGGGUUGUGGCCGCGACGGGCUGCUUGAGGAACUUCGCAUGUGGGUAUGCUGGUGGUGUUGGCCGUCAGAGCUUGCGUGAGCGCACUCUGCGGUUGC